AGAACAUGUGUAACUUCAACUUGUGCAGGUGUUUACAGAAGACUAACUGACACUGUAUUUAAAGUAAUUGUUUUCUCUCCAUUUUUAUCUCAUUGCAAACGGCUUGGAAUCAUGCUGACUGCAAAUGCAAGCCGAAUAAUUUAUCGUCGGUCAAAGACAGUGAACGAAUUAAGAAAGAGUCUCGUAUGCUGUAAGAAUUACAGCGCCAGCGGUCUGAGCCACAACCCUGACGACAGAGUGCACGAUGCCUCGGCUGCAUUACAGAAUCUCCGUCACGACAUGCAGAAGUUCCUGUCCCUCAUGAGCACUUCUUCAGGACUUGAUACUCGAUACAUCCCAUUGGUUCGUAAGAAAGAAACCAAACCGGGCUUCACGCAGCGGCAUUUCAAAGACCACACCAUCUUGAAAGUGCGUGGAGGAAACGGUGGGGACGGAGCCGUGUCUAUGCUGAGCGUCUACAGGAAGGAGUUUGCAGGCCCUGAUGGUGGUGAUGGUGGCAACGGAGGCCACGUUGUGUUGAAGGCCACCAAGGCGAAGAAUAGUUUGUGUCAUUUACCUUGUUCGAUAUCAGGCCCCAAUGGAGAAUGCGGCAGAAAGCAUGACUGUCAUGGAGCCAACGCUGAGCACAUGGUGGUUGAAGUCCCGCUUGGCACCAUCGUAAGUUACGAAGGAAAAGUUCUUGCGUCGCUUGAUGUUGAAAAUGCAUUGUUUGUUGCCGCUAGAGGUGGAGCUGGCGGUAAAGGCAACGUGUUCUUCUGCACGGAUACAGAUCAAGCUCCCAAGGUUGCCGAGUACGGAGGAAAAGGGGAACAAUUGACCUAUGAAAUCGAACUCCGCACGAUCGCUGACAUCGGACUCAUCGGUUUCCCUAAUGCUGGCAAAUCGACUCUUCUACGUGCAAUAUCUCGAGCCCGACCAAAGGUGGCUAAUUAUCCUUUCACAACUCUAAACCCUCAUGUGGGCAUCGUACAUUACGCUGACAUGUUCCAGCUCGCUGUCGCUGACAUCCCGGGUCUGGUUGAGGGUGCACAUGUCAACAAAGGAUUAGGUUACGAAUUCUUAAGACACGUUCAGAGAUGUGCGGGACUCCUGUACAUUCUUGACGGGUCUCAACCAGAGCCUUGGAAACAGCUCGAGGUGCUCAGACGGGAGCUAGAUUUGUACGACUCGGGAUUAUCUCAGAGGCCUUACGCAGUAGUCGCUAAUAAAAUAGAUUUGGAUGAAGCUCAGCAAAAUGUUGAAGAAUUAAAACAAAGAGUUGACUUGCCCGUGAUUGGUAUCAGCGCUAAGAGAGGAGACAGCGUGCGCCAUCUUCUCUCGCUGCUGCGCUGGCUCACCGAAAGGAACCCAAACAAAUCCGUGAUGACACAUGAUACCUGGGAGGAGUGAGGGCCUGUAACUGGUGCUCUCCAGGUGUGUUUAGGAACCGGUUCCCUUCUUUUUUUUUGUUUUUUUUUCGGUAAUCUUUGGACGAAGUUGAUAAAGUACCGUUUCCUUUAUGUAAUUUAGAAAAAAGUAAUCAAAUUUUUAAAAUUUUUCUUUUUCAUGGAGUGUACGACUUCCUAAAUAUGUGCCCAAUUAAAGUUUGUGUUUAUAAAUAAUACGUCAGAGUUGGACGUUGUUCUCAAAAACUAAUGUAGGUAAGAGAUACAUGAAUAUUGAGUGCAACUUUUCACGUCUCAGGUGUCUAGAAUUCCUGUAACUUAGAUCAAACGUACGUACCUAUCAUCGAUCUAUAUAUAGCUUAACUAAAAUGAAAGGAUUAUACACUAACAAUGAAUUAAUUGAUGCAAAGUCAGGCUUAUUUCUCACCAUUUUCAUGUGCUAUCAAAUUUAUUGCAAGUCAACCGGU